AUGAAGAAUUUCAAGGGUGUGGCUUCUUUGGUCAUGGUCUUCGCCCACCGCGUUGUGGCUGAUAUCCGCCUUGCCAACAUCCCCCCUGGCACUCCCGGCCUCAACGACACCUGCAUCGGCGUUCUCAAUCAAGACAUCAACUGCAACGAGUCUUUGACCUGGGCGACUGAGAUCAACUACUAUUACGACAGUGACACGAUGAACUCGCUGUGCACGCCCACCUGCAGGGCUGCUCUCGGCGUCUAUCUCGAUGAGGUGAAGUCCGCCUGCGAGACGAGUCGUUACACCGACGACAAGAAUGGGCUCAGCUAUCACGCCGGCUACGACGCCGAACUGGCCUGGGAGAGAUUCAACGUCUUGUGCGCGACGAACGCUGCAGGUGAGAAUUGUAACCUGGUCAUCGGAAAGCUUGCCGGCAUCAACCCGGAGAACCAGCAACGCACCGGCUCGUCGGACCCCAGCGUGAUGUGCAAUGAGUGCGCCCUCUCUGUCAUAAAGACACAGGUUGAGGCUCCCCUGGCCUCAAACGCCGACCUGGCGAAUGGCCUCAGCAUGAUCGCCUCGUCCUGUAAGACAACCGUCAACGUCACACCUCCCCCGUCUGCAAGCCCUGCCUGGGUGAGUGUCAUGGACACGCCCGUCACGGCUUCGACGGGAGCUCAGGCGGCGUCGCCUUCAUGCGCUGGGAUAAAGUACACCAUUAAGGCCGGAGACACAUGCCAAUCCGUUGCGGAGCAGCAGAGCAUCGACACAGUUCAGCUGCUGGCCGCGAACAACCUUGUAGCGAAUUGCUUCAACUUCCCCACGGCCGCCGGGAGCACGCUCUGUAUCCCGCCCGCGGCCGUCUGCAAGCCAUACGUGGUCAAGGCAGACGACACCUGCACCACAAUUGCGAACUCGGCAAAGGCCACCUGGGCCCAGAUUGUGUCCUGGAACCCGGAGCUCGGCCGGUCUUGUCAGAACGUCGCACGAUAUGUCGGCUUUGUUGUGUGCGCCUCCAACCCAGGCGGCAGCUGA